UUCAGUACGGUUGCUCAUCUUAUCGAAUCGUCUCUCUCAAAUGGUCGCCAUUCAGCCGCGCGGGGUUCGGCCGUCUCUCCCCAAUCAUCUCUCCCUCUCCCUCUCUAAUUUCUGACUCUCACUCAGACUCAAUAUCUCCCUAAUCUACUAGACUCUCGGGUCUAUCUUCACUAAUGUGUUUCAGAAGGAGGGACCCAUCGAAUCUUUGCUUCUAGAGGUUCUAAUCCGAAUAUCGGCGGCAGUGCACUUUCGCGGGAUACACAAGUUAAAGCUUAAAGGGGACGAACCUUGUUCACCUUCUCAUCUGAGAGGCUUGUAAGCUGAAGCAUCAAUUGCCUACAUUAUCUCGUAGGCCUGGUUUGAUUCUUUGCCUUUGGGCUAUUCUACUGUGAAUUGGGUAUGAAAGUGGUAUGCCUUUCGUGCACCCCACAUACCCUUCUGUCGAGAACCUCAAAUCCGAAGUUUGGCUCAAAAGAAGCUCUUCUCUUUCUUCAAAAUUGUGCCAAUUUGAAGCAGUUGAAGCAAAUCCAUGGGAAAAUAAUCCGUUUUGGUCACUCCCAUGACCAAUUACUUGCCAGAAAGCUCCUUCAUCUCACUUUCUCUUAUGGGCAUACGGACUAUGCCACUGUUGUAUUUGAUCAGAUCAAAGCUCCAGAUACCUUCACUUGCAAUGUCAUGAUUAGGGCUUAUACAAUCCAUGGUUCCCAUGAGCAGGCCCUUCAUAUUUUCAAGCUUAUGUUAUGCCAAGGUCCUACACCUGAUACGUUCACAUUCCCUUUUGUCAUAAAUGUUUGCUUGGCUUCUUGUGCCCGUGAUUUUGGCAAAUUGGUUCAUGCUCUUGCAAUCAAAAUGGGGUUUUCAAGUGAUAUAUAUUUGCAGAACACUCUAAUGAAUCUUUACCUUAAGUGUGAAAAUAUAGAGUGUGGGUGUAAGUUGUUUGAUAAAAUGCGUGUGCAAAGUGUGGUUUCAUGGACAACCAUGAUCUCGGGGCUUGCAGCUUGUGGACAACUGGAUGAAGCCCGGAGAAUUUUCGAGCAAAAGCCGUCGAAGAAUGUGGUUUCGUGGACAGCAAUGAUUGAUGGCUAUGUAAAAAACCAGCAACCAAUAGAGGCUUUCAAGUUAUUUCAAAGAAUGCAGCUUGAAAAUGUGAUGCCAAAUGAAUUCACAGUGGUAAGCUUGAUUAAAGCUUGUACAGAAAUGGGAAGCCUAAAGCUAGGCAAAUGGGUUCAUGAUUUUGCUCUCAAGAAUGAGUUUGAUCUUGGGAUCUUCAUGGGAACAGCUCUGAUAGACAUGUACAGUAAGUGUGGUAGUUUGGAAGACGCUAUGAGAGUUUUCCAUAAGAUGCCAACUAAAGGACUGGCUACUUGGAAUUCAAUGAUCACUAGCUUGGGUGUACAUGGGAUGGGAAAUGAAGCUCUUGCCUUUUUCAGAGAGAUGGAGAGCACAAAUGUAGCUGCUGAUGCUAUCACUUUUGUGGGUGUUCUAAAUGCAUGUUCUAUCAAUGACUUGGAGAAAGCUGAGAAGUACUUCAAUCUUAUGACUUAACAUUAUGGUAUAGCACCUGUGAUGGAGCAUUAUGAGUGCAUGAUUGAACUUUAUAGUUGUGCUAAUAGGUUGGAUGAAAUUUACUCCCUAGUGAGGACAAAUUGCAUCAUGGUUUCAGAAUUGAUCCAAGAGAGGAAGGCCUGUGACGACGUUGAUUAAAAGAACUUGAGUUCACUUCGGGCAUAAUGGAGGCUUGAAAUGCUGAAGAUUAUUUGCUGGUCAUUCCUCCUCAGACUCAUAUUCUCAGCUUUAGUGCUUCCUGUGGAAUGUAUACUUUUUUGGUAAGGGGAAUGUAUACUUAUAUCAGUCAAUAUAGAUGAUUUGAGACUCAUUGUCUUCUAUCAUAUGCCAAGUUGAUGCAAUGAUCUCUCUCUCUCAGAAGCCCCCCUCUCUUCUUUUCUUUUUUUUUAAAAACAUUACAAGAAUCAUACGUUUCAUUGAAGAUACAUGUAGUUGGAUGCUUAUAGUUAUGUAUGACAUGUUUGUAUGAGUUA